AUGAGAAUUCAACUAUUCGUCACAUUGUUAAUCAGUGUCAUUGCUCUAUUGUUAUGUACAUCAUCAUCAGCAGCAGCAUCUAGCAACAUUGUAAAGACCAAUUGGAUCAACAAUGAUGUAACUAGAACCAUUGACCUUUCAACUCAAAUUGCCAAACAAACCAUUCAAAUCAAGGCAAAGAAUCAAGGAACACAAAGUACCAACAUCUAUACAGUUGCCAUUCCAACCUUUGUAGAUGGUCAUCAACAAAUUCAAGCCUUUAUUGGUGAUAGUGAAAAGAAAUCAUUAAACAUUCUUCAAUCAUACACUACUAAAUCAAAUGAAAAUCAAGAAUUUAAUUUAUAUGAUAUUGAAUUGGAUAAAUCCUAUUCAAAGGAUAGUACAUUAAUAUUAAAGGUAAAGAUUAUUUCAAUGAAUCAAGUAGUAGCCUAUCCACCAACGAUAUCACAAGGACAAAACCAAUUGGUUAGAUUCACAGACAAUGCCUACUUUACAUCACCCUAUGAAACAGAGAGCCAAAAGUCAACGUUUAAAUUAUCGUCAAGCAAGGUAGAAUCGUACACUCAAUCUGUCAUCGAUGGUCAAACAGCCACACAAAAGGGACAACAAGUAGUCUAUGGACCAUUCCGUAAUGUUGCUCCACUUGCAUUCUCAUCGGUCACUGUUCACUAUGAAAACAAUCAACCAUUCCUUCGUCUCACCAAUCUCAUCAAAGAGUAUGAAGUAUCACACUGGGGCAACAUUGCCGUCGAAACCUUUUACUGGAUCCUCCAUGGAGGUGCCAAGUGGACUGGCUCCUUUUCACGUCUCGACUUUCAACGUAAUCCAGCUGGUUCUGCUCCAUCUCACAUCACAGAGAUUACUGAAAUCGUUCCAAGAGAAUCUGCCGACUUUUACUACCGUGACGAAAUUGGAAACAUCUCUUCCUCUCAAUACUAUCCCAAGCAGACCGAGACUGCUUUCAAGAUUCAACCACGUUUCCCAUUGGUAGGUGGAUGGAAGAAUGAAUUCUACACUGGAUACAACCUUCCAACUGCUCCAUUCCUCCAAAAAGAUACCGAUACUGGUCGUUUCCAACUCACUGUAGGUGCUGGUGUUUCCAUUGAAAACAUUUUCGUCCAAGACCAUACUCUUCGUUUUAUCCUUCCAGAGGGUGCUACCGAUAUCAAGGUUGUCCGUACUCCAUUUGGUGGUGCCUCAAAGGUUGAAGAAAGCUUUGACAUUCGUAAGACUUUCUUUGAUACCGUUGGUCGUCCAGUUUUUGAAAUCAAGACUGAAUACACCUCGUUUGAAAACUAUGAACCAAUCGUCAUCUCUUACAAUCUUUCACCAUUGGCCAUCUUCCACGAACCACUCCUUGCCAUCGGUGCCGUAUUUUGCUUGUGUCUCUUUGUCAUUGUCUUUACCCGUAUCGAUCUCUCGCUCUUGAAGCGUUCAUCAAACAAGGUUGCUCGUACACCAGAGGUUGAAAAGAAUGCUCAACAAUUCAAGCAACUCUUUGACGGUCGUGUACAAUAUCACCAAGACAUGGAAGAUGCCAUCAACACUUUUGCCCGUACUGGUACCGCUCAAGAAUUCCAAGUCGCCAAACAAACACUCGAACAAAAGUACAAGGAAUCACUCUCUUCCACUGCCAACAAGAUUGUUAGCACAGUCUCUGCUUUGGAUCCAGUAUUUUCCACUCACUUGAAGGAUCUCCUCGAAAAGUCUACUCAACUUCAACAAAUCCAAUCUCAAAUUGCUGAUCACGAAGCCAAGCAACGUUCCAACAAGGAUCAAUCGAGCAAGUCUGUCUCAAGAUUCCAAUACGAAGAAAUUAGAAACAAAUUAAUUUCAACCUAUAGAAAGACUUUUGAUGAUAUUAUCACUACUUUUGAAUCUUUAUAUUGA